AUGGACGUUGGCCAGGCAGAGGCAGCCCUUCGUGCCUUGGGGCAACUUCAGAGGGAAGUUGCUGAGGUGCCGGCCCUGAGGCAUCAAGUUGCUGUGCUGCAGGGUGAUCUCACGGGUUACCAUCAAGAGGUUUUGAAACUGCCUUGGGAGAUGCCAGGGUUGGAUUUGAUUUUCGGGAAAGGUGCUUUGGAACAGAUGUUGCCUUCGGAGCCUCCAAAAAUCGAAUUUCCUGUGCCUUCGACGGCUGAGGCGUCGAUUGAAGAGCAAGCCCGUGCGGCUAAGAAAGUCAAAGUAGCUACUUUCGGCAGACCUUGUUUCGUAGGCUGUGUUAACUUCAAGAAUCAAGCGUCAGAUGCCGAGCUUGAAGCGGCUGCAUGGCAAAGAUCCCUUGAAAAGUGGCAUUUCUUGUUGACUCUUGAUUCCUCUGUCUCCUUGGUCGGUUCGUCUCUUGCCGGGAUGAGCCAGGCAGAAGGUAUGCAGGCACUGCGAGAACUCUUUGGAAGGAAGAAAGAAGCAACGGUGAAGAAGCGUGCUGCUUCAAUGCUCAAGUAUGCAAAGUACUUACAGGAGCACAGGCCCUUUGCCUCGCCCUUUCCUUUCAGCACCGAGAAGUCUGACGAGUAUAUAAGGCACUUGCGGUCUAUCAAGGCAAAGGCUGGCACGAUUGAUUCCUUCACGGAGGCAGUAAGGUUCUCCAUUCAUGUGGUUGGCAUUAGUUGUGCAGGAGAAGCAUCCAAGCUCUUCAACCCGUGGUCUGUUGGACUCAGAGGCCUCAUGCAAUCGCAGAAGCCGGAGCGUGUUUCAGCCCUGGGCUUGACUGUGGACCAGGUAGCUUUUCUUGAAUUUUGCCUUGAUGAUGCUGAAUUGGACCUGCAGGACCGAUAUGCAAGCGGGGCUUUCUUGUUUUGCACUUUCAGCAGAAGCCGCAUCAGUGAUGUAAAGAAGGUUCGCAACUUCAUCAUUGAUACUGUCGUUGCAGGGUCCGAUGUUCAGGGAUACCUUGAGUGCGCCACCAGGGCACAUAAGACAUCCAACCAGGCGGCAGUGCAAGGAGUGUCAAUGCCUCUAGUGGCUCCCAUAUGCGGUGUGCGGCAUGAGCCUUGGGGGCCGAAAUUCGUGGCAGUCGCCGAGGCUGCAGGCUUGCCGUUGAGUCCUGACAAGAAUGGACCGUUGCUGCCAGCCCCUCUUGAGGCAGGCGGCUGGAGUGAGCGAGCAGUAACGACUGACGAGGCCGGUGGCUGGCUUCGGGCUUUGCUUAGCCGAGGGAAUAAGUGCACUGAUGGUGUGACCGGUCAUUCACUCAAAACGACCACGCUUGAUUGGUGCGGUAAGUUUGGUGUCAAUGAAACUGCCCAGACACUGCUGGGCCAUCAUGCGCUCAAAGGUUCAGCCAUGUAUGCAUACAUGCGAGACAAGCUUGCUGCUCCCUUAAGAAUCUAUGAACGUAUGCUCAGAGCAAUCAGAGACAGCUUGUUCAUUCCUGAUGCCACAAGAUCGGGUCUUAUCAGGAAGGACCCCCUUCCUGCAGAAAGCUCCUUGGGCGAGCCGAACAGUGACCAGUCGUGGCAGCAUGUUGAGCCCAUGCAACCUGGAAUUGGUGAGCCUGGAAUCUUUGGAGUGUUGGAGUCUGAAGGGGAAGACAAGCACUACCGUGCGGCGGCGCUGACUCCUGAGGAAGCGGCUGAAUCAGUCCUUGAUGAUGCCUUUCAGGACGACGGCCCGGAGCCCUCGCAGGCAGGUGACGGUGAGGAGCAUUCGUCAUCGUCCUCAUCUAGUGAGUCCGAAAGUUCUGAAGGCCCAGAAGGCUCUGACUGGGUAGACAAUUUGAAAGACACGUUUGACUGUACAGUUGAGAAGUCCAAUCUUGCUGAGCUUGAUUUUGUGUAUUGGAGACAUGAUAAAACAAUGACCAUUCAUACGGUUGCUGUUGGUUCUACGGGUGAGACGUUCACCUGUGGGCGUAAGCGAACGCCUGACUAUUCCAGGAUCACGCGAAGUGCCUUCGCAGAAACUCGGCUAUGCACAAACUGCAAAAAGAGCCGACCUCUGCGUGAUGUGGGGGCUCUGAACGUGGGACUAAGCAGGAAGUUCCACGAAGAGUGGUUGCCGGGAUGUUCCGGCCACGCCUGCAAGUUUCAAGUUGCGAGGGGCGUGAACAAUGUACAAGUGCUGCGUCCUGCCGUGGGCAAGUGCUUCAUGGGUGAACUAGCCAUGGCUGGCGUCCCUGCUGCGACCUCUUUCACUGAGUCGAAGCCGGCUUUUGUAAAAAGGGCCUUAGAAGUGGGGUUGGCCCAGCCAGAGGUUGACCACUUGGUCGCGAAGCAUGUGGAUACGCUAUCCAAGCUCGCGUUUGUGCUAGUCCCUCCUGGAAAGGUGCCGGAGGAUGACGCUGUCACAGCCCUGCUCCCAGCCGGGACCAGUCAAGGGGCUAUUGCAGGCCUAAAACGACUCCUCUUCGAAGCUCAUACCUUGAUUGUUUCUGCUCUUAAGCAAAGGGUGGAGCGAACGGAUGACAAUCUGCCAGCAUCUCUGGAUGUCGCAGAGCGUGAAGACAGGCUGACUAGCCAAAAAGCCCGUCUCGGGGGAUUGACCUUUCAGGCCGAAGAGGAGGUUGCCCAUGGGGCGUACGACAUUGUCUUCGCCAUGGCCCAGAAAAACGAGCUGGUGUGGCUGGCUCCCGAAAAGUUCGGAACCCGUCGAGCGGAGAUCAGCUCUAAGAAGAAUCAGAAAGAGCUUGUCAUUGACGGCACAGGUGUUGCCGUCAAGGAAAAGGUUCAAUCCAUUCAAUGCGCAAUCAACAGCGAUCUUGACCUGGUGUUAGCCCUCAGGCGCAGAGCCUUGGCCUUUGAUCUCGUUGGCAUUCUGACGUUUGAUGUUGCCAAUCGGUACCAUCAAGCACUGGUACAGCGGCUUCGGGAAUCUCCGCCUCCUGACUAUGCAAAAGUCUCCCUCGCCCAGGUUAUCCGAGCUGACCGUGCCGCCUUCUUAAAGAUGGCAGAGACUUUGACAACACUUCGCAGGAGUGGCAGUGGUGUUUUGCCGCUUGAUUCGAUGCUGCCAAACAUUUUGCUAGACCCAAGCGUCGCUUAUCAUCUGUUGCCUUUGCAUGCAGGCAGCUCGUCCAGUGGCGGUAAGGCCGAUAAUCAUACGACUGGCACGCCGCCGCCACCCAAGCGGUCCGCCCUUGAUGAGGCCCAUCUCCAUAAGUUAGAGGGCCUCUCACUUGAGGAGGUAGUGGUUGUGGAAGUGUUUUGCGGGUUUGAAGGUGCACCGCCUGUUCUCCGAAGCGAGUUGUGCCCGGAAGGUGUGGAUGGUCUUGAAGGCCUCGACGCCAUCAGGGUCGGGCCCAAAUGGGCCACAGCAAGUGAGACUGCCUAUCCGUGGGGCCUCUGCAAGCUUAUGGCCAGUUUGCUCAAGGAGCACUUCCUGUAUCCAAUCUCGCAAGCGGGCUCGCAAAUUCCUUUCUUCGUCCCGGCCACAAGCUUGCCUCGGAUUGGUGCCCCGGCACCCAAGUGGGAGGGAGACUCGGGAGCGAAGUCAUUCCAAGCCGGCAGCUUUGUGCAUGGACCUCUGAAUGGAGUCCGCUCUGUGACCAAGCAAUAUCCCGAGUCGGUCAAAGCUAUGUGCUCGAAUGUAAGAGGCCUCUUUCCUGGAUUGGUUUUUGGCACUGUGGGUCUGUUCAGGGACUUAGCCGCCUUGCCCCAUAGAGAUGCCAACAACGAGUCCUUUACGGACAAUGCGCUGGCAGCCCUUUCGGACUUCGAGAGGGGAUCCUUGUGGAUGGAAGACCCAGAUGGGGAUGUUGAGCAUGAGUUCCGUGGCCGGUCGAUCAGAGGGGUUUGUUUGCCUGUAACACCGGAGGGCUUUCGGUUUGACGGUAGGAGGUUGCACGAUACAAUGCCUUGGAACGGCCGGAGAGACGUGAUCGUGGCAUACAUGCCUCGAGGACCGGAGAACUUGAAGUCUGAACAUGUCAAGCUCCUGGAGGGUUUAGGGUUCGUCUUAGAUCGCUCCAAAGCGGCCACGUCCGAGUCUUGUGAUGGGCUUACCAAGGCUGUCAUUGGUGUGUACCGGACUCCUGAGCAGUUCGUUGAACAAGCUGCGCUCAUCGGCCAUCCUACUCAGCUGUCCUCUCUUCUCCCGCACGAGAUCAGGGCUGCUGUUCAGAAAAUCCAUCGCCAAGGCGAGGCGAACGUUGCAUUGGAAAGGACCGAAACUCUUCGUAGGUGGAUUGCUCUUGCGUCCGAGCUUGAGCCAGUUGAGAAGGCCUUGAAAGCUGAUUUGCCUGAGUUCCGGAAGGAAGUUCUUUCGACCAAGCGUUUGGCUUUGUUCCGAGCCCUCCUGAAUGAGGUUCAGCAUGAGGACGUCACGCUUGUGGAUGACAUCCUUAAAGGGUUUGAUUUGACUGGACCAACUGAGGUCUGGGGCCAAACGGUUGCGAGACGGCUGGUGGCUACUGUCAAGGCCUCCGACGAUCCCGUGAUUGACCAAGGGGUCCUGAAGGCCACUCAGAAAGAACUUGAGCGAGGGUUCGUGGAAGGACCCGUUGCUUUGAGUGACGUUCCCUCCAAUGCAUCGCUCACGCACAGGUUUGGUGUGCGCCAAGGGGAAUCCGAGGAUGGGCCCAAGAUUAGGCCUAUCGACAAUUAUCUGUCGUCGCAGGUGAAUUCUGCCGUUUCGCAAACUGAGCAGAUAAGUGUCCACACGAUUGACAUCGUCGCUGGCAUGUUGGGGUGUUGGUUAAAUGAGUGGUUCCGUAGUGGUCGCUCCGAGCAUGCGGCACCUGUGUGCAAGGCAUGGGAUCUGCGUACCGCUUAUAAACAACUCCCGCUAUCCGACUCUUCGUACGAGCUUGAUAGCUACUUCAUCUUGUUCAAUGUCGAGCGGGGCGAAGGUGAGGUCUACAAACAGCGAGUUCUUCCGUUCGGAUCAACCGCCAGCGUCACCAGCUUCAUCAGGGCAGCAUACGCGAUUUGGAAGCUUGGGGCUGUAGCCCUCACGCUCGCUUGGAGUGAGUAUUUCGACGACUACUUGAACGUUUGUGGGGCAGCCUUCGCUAAGCAUUGUGAUUUCGUGAUCACGAUGUUUUUCAAGUUGAUCGGCUGGGAAGUAUCCCGGGACAAGGAACUGAGUUACAGUUCCAUGUGUGUGGUCCUUGGGGUCCAGAUCAAUCUUAGAGACGCUAAGCUUGGUCUCAUCUUCCUUGAAAACACUACCAAGCGACGGCCAAGGCCAGUGCGUGCUAGGAGGGAUGAAUAUGUGCACAUCUACGUGGAUGCAUCCUUCGAGCCCGGUGGCUACUGCGGGUUAGGAGGAUUGAUUUUCAACUCAUCUGGCGCCGCCUUGAGUUGGUUUGGAUACAAGCUGCAACAGUGUCAUGUGGACAGGCUGCUCAAGGAUGGGGAGCGUGAAAAGGAAACCGUAAUCUUCGAACUUGAGGCGCUUGCUCUGGCCAUUUCCUUGGAAGUUUUCAGGCCGCUCGUAGGGCGCAAAGGCGUGGUGGCUUUCACUGACAACGAAGGUGUGUUUGGAAGCUUUGUUCGAGGACACAGUGACAAUUCGGACGCACAAGGAAAGGCAAUAAAGACGGAAGGCAGAAGGAUGCUGAUCUUUGAUGACGACGGAAGCUUUUGUCGCAUCCAGGAAGCCUUCACCGUUGCCUCGGUGAUCAACCCGCUGAUGGCCAUAGGCAAGCUGUUUCGAGAAGGUUGGGAGUUGCGAGUGAACGAAGAAGAAGGUAUGUGCCUUACAGAUGGAAGCUCAAGAAUACCAGUGCAUCUCCACAAGAACAGCUUGGCAGCCUACGCCUACGUACAAACUCCUUCAAGAAGCAGAAGUUACAGCAGCAACAACUACAAGAUGGUUCGCACAGUUGUUCAGCUCAACAAGCACGUUCAGGAAGCAGUGAACAGAGAAGAACCUGGUUGGCACAACACAGACAGCAUGGUGAUCGUGAAGUACGCCACUCAAAGCAGCUAUGAGAACCCAUCUCUCAUGUACAGCCCUACGCACUUUCCGUACAGAAGCACUUUGGUGAAAGAAGAGAGAGGAUGGAGAGCAGUUGAAGUUUCAAGAAAGUACUCCGAGAAGGCAGACCCUUUUGAAGAGUUUGCAGAAGGAGAAAAGGAAGUGGUUACAGCCAUUUCAGCAAAGCCAAUUCCACUUUGGAUCCUUGGCACCCUUACGCUGCCGGAGACCGAGCAGACCAAAAAAGCCAUGGUCGUGACUACUGGAGAAUGGUAUACCCAAGGAGACUGCAUCUACAGUACAGAGAUCUAUGAACACAGCGACGACUGGUUUCGUGUGAAGCCAGGAGUUGUUGAAGACCUAAAGGCAGAAGCUGCAGCAGAGGAGCUAAAGAAGAAGAAGGAAGAGCACUACAAAGAGAAGGAAGAUUCAGCAGCACCACCAGAAGCAGAGGAAUGUAAAGACGAAGAGAUGAGAGAAGCACAAGCAGACCAAGAAGCACCACAAGAAGUUGUUGAAGUUUUGGAGGAAAGCUUCUACCACGAAGGCGUCGAGUACACAGCGCAGAAAAGCAGUCUUAAGGAACUACAAGCACUUUGCAGAGAGUACAGAGUGAAAACAACAGGAAGCAAGAAGCAGCUCUUGAAGAGACUCGCCACAGCAGUCAGAGAAGAAAGGCUCAGCACGCAACACAAGGAACAACGGGAACACCACCAAGCAUACCACCUAGCACCACCACAGGAACCAACGGAAGAGGAGAGAGCGUACCACAACUUGACGCACCUUCCGUAUCAGCCUUGGUGUCCCCAUUGCGUUGCUAUGAAAGCACGAGAAGACAACCACAAGAAAGGAUUGAGCAAGCCAAGCAGCUCUACGGAUUCCGCGAAGCCCGUCAUCAGUUUUGACUUUUGCUAUACAAGCACAGGAAGUGAAGAGCCACCAGCAGUGACUCUUGUCGCUGUGGACAGCUGGAGCAAGGCAGUUCUUGCGGAAGAACGCGAACAGCUCGAGAACGACGAGGCCGCUAGCGACCCUCCGAGUUCGGAGGAACCAAGCUCACCCAGCAAGCUACGAAAGCAAGUCAACAGAGCAGAGGAAACAGACGGUUACCUCAAUAUGCCUCAUGAUGAUGAAGUCUACGAAGCAGAUGAUGAGUUUGUGUACGAGUCGGAAGAAGAAGAAGAGGAGACAGAGAGUGAACCAACGGAAGUUUCUACCAAGGUCCCUGUCGAGUUCUUCGACGAGGAGAAAGGACCACCGAACGUGGAUCCGGCUUUUCUUCAGAAGUUGGAUGAUGAAGCUACAGUCAAGGAAAUCAAGAGGUUAACAAAAAUGGGAGUUAUUUCGUUGGUUUCUACGGACCCUCAGGAAGCAACUGAGAACGUACCUCUGGUAGACUCAGAGCAAGAACUUCACAAGUGGUUGACAACAAAGUUGGUGAAAGAUUGGAGGUUCAGAGAAGCUACAGGUUUUGAAGCUGAAGAAGCCAAAGAAGGAACAACAAAGCCCAAGCAGAUUCAGAGAAUUACAAAACUGGUGCCCAUGCUGGCUCUCGCCAACCAUUGGGCUAUCUACAGUGUCGACGUGAAGGUGAACUACGACGUGGACUCCUUCGACGAGGCAAAGAAAGAAGUGACAGAGAGAGCAGAGAAGUUGAAGAAGGUUGAGGAAAGCCUGGAGAAGGAAAAGGAGGAGUUCGGAAACCAAAAGACAGAGUUUGAGGAGACAGUGAAAAGGUUUUUGAAGAAGCAGAAGGUCUUAAGCGAGAAGGAGACAGCCCUUGAAGAAGCUGAGGAGAACGUCAAAGCAAAGGAAGCAGAGGUUGAGAGGAAGAAGAAAGAGGCAGAGAAGAGAGAGAGAAAAGCCCAGGAAAGAACCGUCGGGUACGACCAGGAGAGAGAAGAGUACGCCAAGAAGUACGUGGACGACGCAAAGAAGGACUUGGAGAGAGAGCUUAAAGAACCAGAAGCUCGACGACCUCCAGUACAGUACGACUACAAGAGCCUCAAGGACGACUACCAGUACUUCAAAGGUUACUCACAGGAAGUGGACGCACUUCUACUUGCAGCUAAGGACAAGAUCGUGAAGUACAAGAAGAAGGUCAAAAGCCUCAAGGAAACCAUAGGUGCAGCCUUGUCUGGAAGCGAAGGUGAAGAAGAGACAGAAGAAGCGUACAAGACCAAAGCAGAAGAAGAGAAAGAGAAGGCAGAGGCGAAAGCAAAAGAAGAAGAGAAGAAGAAAGGAAAAAGGCCAAAGCAGGUAGAGACAGAAGACCAAGAAGAGAAGCCCUCAAGCAGCCAAGGAGAAGAGAACACUUUCGACCCGAACGACAUAGCCGAGUUCACGCAGCUUGGCUACGUGUGGGAGUUCAACAAGAAGACGCAAGAGUACCGCGCGAAGUGUGAGGACAAGAAAGGAGCCCCAAGAAUCAAGAACGCUCCGGUGAAAGGCCGCCUCCUUUGGAACAAGGUGACGGAGUGCUACAGAAGACACAACGUGUGGUUUACAGACGGAAAGGAAUUGGAUAAAUUCCUCGAGACCAAGGAGAACGAGAAGAUCGAGGAAGAGGUGCAGCGACGCAUCGGCAUGAAGGGCAAGAGCGACAACACAGGAACCAAGGGAAAAGGCCCUUCCUGGGACGACGGACAGAACGACGGUUGGUGGUACAACGACCAGUGGAACAACGAGAACUGGAACACCAACGACGACGGCAGCAACUGGUACGAGAACGCGAACCCGAACAACAAAGGCUACUGGCAGUCGCCAGAAGAGUGGGCGCAGCAGAACCAGUGGGACCAGUGGACACCCAAAGGAAAGGGUAAAGGCAAGAAGUCCAAGAACUGGGUGCAGACCCAGUGA